CCCCCCCCCACAACUUCGCAUGCCUAGCAGAGCUAGUCGAGCUAUUUCGUGUUCAGAUUUUUAUAACCCUAAGACCCUGCAAGUUAAAAUCAGUUCUCUGCUUCCCACGUCCAUCCAUUCAUCCCAUGGCGGAGCACUUAGCUUCCAUCUUCGGCACCGAGAAGGACCGUGUCAACUGCCCUUUCUACUUCAAGAUCGGCGCUUGCCGCCACGGCGACCGCUGCUCCCGCCUCCAUAACCGUCCUACCAUCUCCCCCACCCUUUUGCUGUCCAACAUGUACCAGCGCCCCGACAUGAUCACCCCCGGAGUCGACCCCCAGGGCGAGCCCAUUGAUCCCCGCAAGAUUCAGGAGCAUUUCGAGGACUUCUACGAGGACAUUUUCGAGGAACUCGGCAAGUUCGGCGAGAUCGAGAGCCUCAACGUCUGCGACAACCUUGCCGACCACAUGAUCGGCAACGUCUACGUCCAGUUCAAGGAGGAGGACCAUGCUGCCGCCGCCCUCCAGGCUUUGCAGGGCCGCUUCUACUCCGGCCGCCCCAUCAUUGCCGACUUCUCCCCCGUCACCGACUUCCGCGAGGCCACCUGCCGCCAGUUCGAGGAGAACAGUUGCAACCGUGGCGGAUAUUGCAAUUUUAUGCACGUCAAGAUGAUUGGGAGGGACCUCAGGAGGAAGCUCUUUGGGAGGUAUCGUAGGUACCGGAGGAGCAGGAGUCGCAGUAGAAGUGCCAGUCCCCAUCCGCACCACCAUCACCGGAGGGAAAGGGACUACGAUAGGAGCCGUGGCGGUGAAAGGGAUUUUCGUGCAAGUGGUAGGAGGAGCGGAGGAGACCGGCACGCCAGGCAUGAGAGCGACAGCAGCGGAGGAAGGAGGAGACAUCCAACGAGUCCCAGGCGGAGCAAAAGUCCUGUGAGGGAAGGGAGCGAGGAGCGAAGAGCUAGGAUUGAGCAGUGGAACCGAGAGAGGGAGGAGAAUUAGGAGGCACGCUCAUCUGAUUAUUAGGUUGUUUUUCGCUGAUUUGAUGUUCCAUCCUUCUAUCCUUCUCUGGAGCUAGCUUUGCCUGUUUCUCUUGUUGUUUUGGUAUUCAUUAUAGGCUUGGAUGCUAUCCUUCCCGGUUGAUUAAUCUACUCUGAUCUUAUUUGUCAUUUUAUUUAUUUCCUUUUCCUUCGGAAGUGAGAUGGCAAUGAGUUUAGCCGAUAUAGGGUCUGACAUGCUUUUCUGUUUUUAAACUAGUAGUUGUAGUUGAUGCCUAGUCUUUUGCUUUGCAUUUCGUUAACAUGUGGAUUCUUGUGAUAUCACGUUGCCAUGUACCCAUAUCUCUUUCCAUUGCCUUUGCUUCGAGUCCUCUCUUUAGAAACAAAGCGCACUGUUGCUGUCACAUUCCUCAUCUUGCGUGUGGCUUCAUUUCAGUUCCUGUUUGGUUUUCAAUUAGAUCAUCUUAACUUAAUAUUGUAGGAUAGGUUAGAGUAAAUUUAAAUGCUUUAACUUUUGGCACUCUUGGGAAGGGUUUGAUAUUGGAAAUUUGCAUUCUGUGAUAAGUUCGUGCUAUAUUUGCUUGACUUUUGAGAUUGAGAUGAUUGCUUUAGGUCACUAAGCUUCACAUUUGAGGGUCAUUGUAGGGGAGGAUAAUAGAUUAUGAUGUUGCAAAAUGAAUUACAGAUGAAAUAUUGGGUGGCAUAAUAUCUAAGUGUUUAGCACUAUUUCAUAGGUAAGGUGUCAGAGUUCUACCUGUUUGUUAGACAAUUGAUGUUGAAAUCUUGGUUGCUUGUUGCUAAAUAUUGGCUUCUUGUGACUCAUGAUUGGUGGAAUUGCAACCUCUCUUUUCCAGGUUUCUAUGUCAUUAGUUUUGAUAACUGGAUAAUUAAGCUUGACAGUUGACAACAAUUUGGAAGGAUAAUUGAGUGAAAAUUAGAUGCUGAAAUUUGAAUGACAUCUUGUCUAUCACCUGAACUUACAUGAAGAAUGUUGUGAAAGUAUAGAUUAGUACUGCUUUAAUGUCGUAUGGAGCCACUUAAAAUGGGUUGUUUAGUCCUUCCGUUUCACCCAUUUUAAAUUUUCUUUAUCUUGCUCUUUUGGCUUGUGGACUUUGGAUCUAUUGCUGCUUUCUGAAGGGGGGAGGGGGAGAUUUAGACCUAGUAUUACUAUGAAAAGAGAGUCAUUUUUGCUGUCCUGGUGAUGAAGGUUUGAUACUUAUUUAUUUUGUUCCAUUUGAUAGUGCUUCUAAGUCUUUGUUGCUCUCUAUUCUUUCUAGUGCAUUCCAAAUUUGUAGAUGUGAUAAUUCGGAGACACCCCUCCAAAAAUACAUUUUCCUCACUUUGCCCCUUAAUGUUGAAUUUCAUCAAUUCCCACCUUGUGGUAUUUAAUUUUUCUUUAUCAAGUACAAUCAGCAUAGCUGGCCCAAUAUUUCUCUAAAUGUUUAAUUUGAGAUGGACAAAUGCUAUUGUGAAAAGACUAAUUAUCCCCAAAAAAGUGGGAUAAGCUGCAAGAAAGAAUCCAUAUUAUGUUCUCUUUUUUUUCCAGAAAUAACAUAAGAAUAAAACCCUAGAAAUUGGGUUUGGCCUACGUAGUCCUGUUCUUUUUUGUCUUUUUAUUUUUGGUUGUACAUUCUUUAGACUCUGGGGCAUUGUUAGGAAUGGAGUUGAGUUGGCUUCUUUUGGGGGGUAAAUUAGGCUUUUCAGGGUAACAUGUGCAUCUUACACUGGCAAUUUAGUGGGAAAUUGAGCAUGUUAUGCCGAAUGUACUUGAUCAGAAAAAACUCAAUACCAUAGGGGGUGGAUUGAUCCAUUACAGCAUUCAAGGGGGAUAGUAUGGAAAAGAUAUUUCUGGAGGGGAUUAAUUUGGAACCCUUUGAUCACAUUGUUGGCUUGUAAUGGCGUCGUUUUAUGUGUUCAGCGUGAUUGCUGAGAUGACGGAUCCAAACAAUGAAAAGCAGAUAUCUGAGAAUUGGUUGCCAAUUAUGUGUGUCAAAUUCUCAAUAUAGAAGCAUGUAUCACAGAAGCUGGGUUGAAGAAACAAGCCUCACAGAGACAUAUACCAUGGGUUAGUUGU